AUGACAUCAUCAUCAUUAUCGUCGAUGAUGUCAGACUGGUCUCUACUCCCCGAAGAGCUACUGCACAUUAUCUCGACUUAUCUGGAGGACUGUUUCGAUCUUCUUCAUGCUCGGUCUGUUUGCAGCUCGUGGCGAUCCACAUUACCUUUCCCUUUUUCCUUAUUACGGCCAAGUUACUCUCUUCCCACAUUCGCCGAGUUCCCUUACGUAAGCGAAGACUUGUACACCCUCCAGAAGAUCCCUUUGUUUCUCUUCAGAGUCAAAACUCCUCAUGGUACUGCCGCUAUAUCGACUUCUGAGUAUUUUCUGGUGGGAGGAAUAGGCCGAGAUAAGUCCGAGGAUCAAAUGGAUCUUCCAUCUCCUGUUGAGUGCUCAGUAAAGGUGAACAUCCCAAGAACUGAGCCAACCUCGAUGAACAUGCACAACUGCCAGAUCCUCCCUUUGGGCCAUCAGUACAGAAUGAUCGGUUGGGAACCGGAAUCAUGGACAACAAAAAACAGAGGCGUGGCUUUUAUUCCACUUAACAAGGAGAAAGGAGUAGGAGGAGAAUUCGUUGUGCUCCUAAACUACACUAGAGUUUUGUUGGUUUUAAGAAGUGCAGAAAUGAGAUGGAUGCGCGUUAAGAAAGUCUCAGAGGCUUCAUGCUCGGAUUUAGUCGCCUUUAGAGGCAAAUUUUAUGCAACCUUUCUUAAUGAGGACAUUUUCGUUUACGAUCCUUAUACGCUGAUAGGGACUCCCCUAAAGCCCUCUCAUCCUCUGAGGCCAAGCAAUCAUCUGGUUCGAUCUGGUGAUGAUGAUGAACUAUUCCUGGUUGAGCAUUUCAACCCAUAUCCUGAAGCUGAGGUUCUAGAUUUUAAUCGAUUCGCAUGUAGAGUGAGUAUGCUAGAUGAGGAGGCUGGUAACUGGGUCGAGGUCAGUGAUAUAGGAGACCGCGUGUUGUUUAUUGGACACUAUGAUAAUGUCUCAUGCUCGGCGAAGGAGCUUCCUAAUGGUUGUGGUGUGAGUGGGAAUUCAAUUGUGUUCACUAAUAUGGGCCCUGUAACUUACGCCUAUAAAUAUGGAGUUGAUACAGGACGAGAAGAGGACGAACUCAAUUGUUGGAGAACAUUGAGAGAGAAUCGUGUGACGAUCCUUAAUACAUCUACCGUGGUGCCUGUCGGAGAUAAUCGUGUGAUGAGGCUCACAUCUCCGGUGCUGGCUCUCCGGGUUGAGCUCUGA